GUGUUGAGUCUGGAUCUGCUCUGAGGGAGUGUGCAGUAUCAUCUCCCCCUUCCUCCUUCCUGACUCUCACCUGCUCAGACUCUGUCAGGCUGCUGGGGGGGACUGGUCUGUGCUCAGGCAGACUGGAGGUGAAGUCUGACCAGUCUAACCAGUCUAACCCGUCCUGGUCCUCAGUGUGUGAGGCUGACUUUGACCAGCAGGAUGCUCAGGUGGUCUGCCGGCAGCUGGGCUGUGGGGCUCCUUCAGUCCUCCAGGGGGCGCUCUAUGGAGAAGGGGAGGCUCCAAUGUGGACCAAAGAGUUCCAGUGUGGAGGCCAUGAGUCUGCUCUCCUGGACUGUAGCUCAGCCUCAGAGAGAAACACCUGCUCACCUGGCACAGCUGUUAGCCUCACCUGCUCAGAGCCUGGUGGUGUUAAGCUGGAGGGAGGAGAGAGUCGCUGUGCAGGAGCUCUGGAGGUGGAACAUCAGGGAGAAUGGAGACCAGUGGGGGGCUACUCUCCCUGGACCCUGAAGGCAGCAGGAGUCGCCUGCAGAGAGCUCGACUGUGGCUCUGCUGUUUCUGUGGGACGGAGAGAGGAGUCCUCAGUGAGACCUGUGUGGAGGAUCAGCUCUGACUGUGUUCAGUCUGGAUCUGCUCUGAGGGAGUGUGCAGCAUCACGUUCCUCUUACUACCUUCCUGACUCUCACCUGCUCAGGUAA